UCUGCCCGUUGCCGGCGUCUCAGUGGGCAGCCGCACGCAGCUUUGCUUCUCACUGUCCAGGGCCCCGUCUUCUAUAAGAUGACCCCAGGCUUCUGUUUGCCGCGUACAGAUAGAAGAUAGAGGCCAUAGCCAGAGAGACCAAGCAACCAGAGAAGCCGUAGCAAGUUCUUGCGAGAGAGGAAAGAAAUCGAAGAGGGAGAGAUAUAGUGAGUGACACACACAGAGAUGGGAAGAAGAAGAAGCCUGGCGCCGCUGCUGCUGAUCUUUGGCGUCCUCGCCGUCGUGCUCGCGGCUCUUGCGCCCGUCGCCGAAUCCAGCAGCAGCCACCACCACCACCACGGCCAUGGCCAUCACUCCCGUGUCCAAAGCAGAGGGCACGGAGGAGAGGGGGAGCAAUCGUCCUCGGCGGCGGCGGCGGCGAAGGCGAGGGGGAGCGCGUGGCCGUGCUGCGACAGCUGCGGCGGGUGCACCAAGUCGGACACGCCGCAGUGCCGGUGCAUGGACGCGGCGCCCGGCGGGUGCCACCCGGCGUGCCGGGACUGCGUCAGGUCCGCCCUCGCCGUGCACCCGGCCGUGUACCAGUGCAUGGACCGCGUCCCCAACUUCUGCCAGCGGCGCUGCAGCGCCAUCGCCGCCCACUGACCGUGACCGGCCGGGGCAACCGACCAGCUGACCAACCGCCCCACCACACCUACCGCCACCGGCGACGGACGAAUCUUGAUGGCAUCACGGACAGAGAUGCCAGCCAGCCACACCUUUUUUUUGUUGUUAAUUAAGGCGCGGCUUGUCCUGUUGACUUGACUCUGUAACACGUAUGGCUUCUUGUGUAAAUUGGAGUAUAAACAAAGCUGGACUUGGGUUUGUUUGAGCGA